GUAAACCACAGGAUUCCCAUCACGUCACGUCUCGUGGUCAGACGGACCGCGACCCCCUGAUUACGUCACGCCGUCAGGGAGAUCGCGAGCCCCUUUGUAAGUUUCGCCGUGAGCUCGAUGUGCCGGCGUCAGGUGGAGACGGGGGCCCUACGUCAUGCCGUCAGAUGGAGCGCAAGCCCGCCUACGUCAUGCCGUCAGGUGGAGCGCGAAUUCCGCCCUACGUGGGGAUGUGGGCGUCCUGUCUCAGUGUACUAGACCUCGAGGAGACCACCCCUGCUGGGAUAUGUACAGUUGUGGUCACCCUGCUACAGGAAGGGUGUCAGUACCCAAAGAAGUUGGUUCAGACUUACUCUGUGUUCCCUAAUCAAGAUGAGAUGAGUGAUGUCGUUGUGCAGCCUUAUAAUUCGCUGUUACCACUGAAGAGACUAACUCAAAAUGCAGACUGUGUGGUUGUUCUUGACAACACAGCACUAAACCGGAUUGCAACAAACAGGCUUCAUAUUCAGAACCCUUCCUUUUCUCAGAUCAACCAGUUGGUGUCCACAAUCAUGUCUGCAAGUACCACCACACUCCGGUACCCAGGCUAUAUGAAUAAUGAUCUAAUUGGACUGAUUGCUUCCCUUAUUCCCACUCCAAGGCUUCAUUUUCUCAUGACUGGCUAUACUCCGCUUACGACAGAUCAAUCAGUGGCAAGUAUACGUAAAACUACAGUCCUGGAUGUCAUGCGAAGACUGUUGCAACCAAAGAAUGUGAUGGUGUCCACUGGCAGAGACAGGCAAACUAACCACUGUUACAUUGCCAUCCUCAACAUUAUCCAAGGAGAAGUGGUCCCUACUCAGGUCCAUAAAAGUCUGCAAAGAAUACGAGAGCGUAAAUUGGCCAACUUCAUACCGUGGGGACCAGCCAGUAUUCAGGUGGCAUUGUCACGGAAGUCUCCAUACCUGCCAUCAGUUCACCGUGUCAGUGGGCUUAUGAUGGCCAAUCAUACCAGCAUCUCCUCAUUGUUUGAAAGAACCAGCAGACAGUAUGAUAAACUCAGAAAAAGAGAAGCGUUCUUAGAACAAUUUCGCAAAGAGGACAUAUUUAAGGAGAGUUUUGAUGAACUGGAUAAUUCCCGGGAGAUUGUCCAGCAGUUAAUUGAUGAAUAUCACGCUGCAACUCGCCCCGACUACAUUUCCUGGGGUACACAGUAG